GUAAUGGACUGAAAUUGUGGAGCGGGAUCCUUACCGCUGCCUUCUUUUGCCCACGGUACAUAAGCACGCUCUUAAUCUAUAUGUGGUGCCCCAUUCCUGACCACCUCCUGCAAAAUGCGUCGCGGUCGCAACCCUACGGAUCAUCCGAAAGGAAGCUCGGCACACAGCAGCUGUAUCAAUAGAAUUAUUGAGACCCUAGAAUACUUUGCGAGUCUACGUCAGAGGAGUCGAGCCAUCGGCACCCAUGUGACGGCUUUCUCGCAAGCGCGAGUGGACGCUGGCGCCUUGACGCCAGCCGACUGGAAAGCCGCGGUGGGCUCGCAUGGCCGCCUGGUUGUGUCUCUAGUCGGCGCGCACGGCUGGGCUGCUCGGGCGCUGGAGCUGGACUAUGAGCGCGUGGACGCCCUGGAUGUGCUCACGGAAACGCACAACUUGUUAGUCACCCUCGUCGACCUAAUGCAGACAGAGGAGCGUAAGCUGCUGGCGCUAGCUUUCAUCAGGGCAGACACUUUCAGCCUACAUGCACGGCUGCUGGCGCGUGUGGCUAGCGGGAGCGCAGAUGGUGACGGCAGCAACGGCAGUGGCAGCGCCAGCAGCAGCGGCGGCGGUGGCUCAGGCACAAAUCGCGGCGCCACGAGCGCAGCUAUGGCCGCUACGCAGCGGGCGGUUGUGAACAUACGUGCCCAGCUGAUGAUCUUGAAGGCCGCGUCGUCUAUGCUGCGUAUGCUGCUGUCGUGCCGCGACGCCUUUGUCGAGCUGCGCGCUGCCCUUCUCCGCACCCAGCUCAUCGAGCACAUGGCGGCAGCGCUGCUGAGUGCCGCACCCGCGACCGUGACGGGGGCAUUGGCCAACAUGGACGCCAACUGGGGAUCGCUGCUCACGUGCGCUUCCAGCGUGGGGUCGUGCAUCAACUUGCUGAUAAAUGGGAUUAACCAAGAGGAGGAUUACGAUGAGCAGGAGCCGCCGCAGUGGCAGCCGGAGACCCUGGGCGGCGGGGUGCCUGCCACGCGACAGCCCCUUACGCAGGUCAUUGAGCUGGAGGUGGUGCGGCAGCUGUUGGGCGGCCGCUGCCUGCAGGCGUGUGCGGUCUGGAUGACGCGGGUGGUGGAGGCGACCUUGCGGGAGGGAAGCGCCACAAGCAGCGCAGCAGCAGCCGGACAAGUUGCCGCGCAGGAUCGGGCAGCUCAGGCUUUGGGAUCGGGGCACGGCGCGGCGGGGCCAGCUGCUGCUGCGGCGGCGGCGGGGGCGGCGGCGGCGACGGGAGCGGCGCCUGCUGCUGGCGGCAGCCGGGCGCCGCAGCGGUGGCGGCCAGAGGCAGCGGGGGAUGCCGUCGCGGUCUGUCAGGCGCUGGUCAGGCCAGCUGUGCCGCUCACCCUCGUCACGCAGAACACGUGUGCAUACAUCGUCCCCGCCGCCUAUGCUCUGGCAAUAAGCGCGCGGGACUGCCCCUUCCGGCUUGCGCUCACACCUCCACUUCGGUGGGGUGCCAAGAGGGAGGGCGCCGACACGGGCGCAGGCGCAGGCAGUGGUGCUCAGGAGCAACAGCAGCAGCAAGGGCCCUGCGCACCUGACGUAACAGCAGGGACGGCGGCAACAGGGCCGGCAGCAGUGGCCGCCACAGCUUCCGCACGGCUGCAGGCACCUUCGCGAUCCGUGGGGCCAGAGGCUGCAGCGGUGGAACGCACACGUGCCGUAAACACGUAUGACGUGUUGUAUGGCGCUGUGGACGCCAUGUGCGCUUAUAGUAACACAAACAUGGGUCUGCAGGACGAAAAGGCAAUGGACGCCCGGCGGCUGCUUGUCGCGUUGUUGGUGCGGCUGCUGUGCAAGCUGCGGCCGCGGCAGGCGGCAGCGCGGCUGGCGGGCCUGUGGCGGGUGCUGCUGUGCGAGCUGGGGCCCACAAGGUUUGCGUACGUGGCUGCAGAAGUGGGGCUGCUACUGCGGCUGCAGCUGGAGGAGGGUCCGCGUAGCCGCACCACCGCUGUAGCACCAGCAUCAGUAUCCCCAGGAGCAUCAGCAGCGCCGGCUGCCGUGGCGUUAGCGCCACAUCCGGCGGAGCAGGCGCUCACUCCCAGUUUCAGCCUGCGGUGCGCGCUGGCGGCAGGGCUGCUGCCGCGCCUGGAGGCGUUGCUGCGGAAGCCGCAGGCGUGGCCGGAGGCUUUCGCACUGGGCGGCAGCUCUGAUCUCUUGCUGUGGCCCUUGCUUGUGGACUCUGGCGUGUGGCCGCUGGUGCUAGCGCAUGCUCCGGCGGCGCAGGUGGCAUCGCUGGUCGCCACCCUGACAGCUGCGGUGCGGCGGCUGCGGCUGCGGUACGGCCACCUCUCACAGGCGGCCGCGGCCAAGAGCCGCAGUAGCGGCCGCACCAGUGGCGGCAGUAGCAGCCGCGGCGGUGACGCAACCGGCAGCAGCACCAGUGGGAAUGGCGGGGACAGCAGCUCAGCUGCAUCGGCGCGGGGCACACAUGCCGCCGGCGCAGAUGGCAGUGAGGCAGGUGCAGGUAUCUGGGGGAGGGGAUUUGUCGGACUGGCCGGGCGCCUUGCUACCUUGCUGGGGCAGUCCGUGCACGCGCGGAUACAAGUUUUGAAGGUAGACGAAGGGGCGCUGGAGACACCAGGAUCGCAGGCGCAGGCGCUGGCGCAGGGGCAGCUGGCGCAACAGGAGCAAGCGCAGGAACCGAAGACAGCAGCCGUGGGGGCUGCUGGCGGCCCAUGCCUGCGGCCCAGUGCCUACUCGCCGGCAGCGGAGCAGCAGCUGCUGAUGAUGAGCCUGUGCGCGUGGCAGUGGCUGCCGCAGGUCCUGUUCCUGGCCAGGGAGGGUUUGGGGCAGUACGUGCAAGACGUGGCGGCAAGGCAGCUGUCCAUUGCCGUCGUACACGCGCUUCGGGCGGAGCAGCAUGCAGCUGGUGCUGCCGGCGGUGCGGACAGCGCAGACGGCAGCAGCCCCAUCUUCGGCGGCAAUAGCGGCACUUUCAACAGCAGCGGCAGCGGCGGCAGUUGCGUCAUUCCGGCUGCCCAGGCGGCGGAGUCGUGGCGGGCCUUCCUUCACAGCCAGGAGCUUGACGCGGAGGGCUACCUCGCGGCACUGCUGCGGCAUAUCGGCAACCCAAGUCGCUGCAGUGACAAUUCACAGGUGGCACUCCUGUUCGUUACCCUGGGGGUCUUGGACCCAGACAUGCUGGCUCGUGCGGCUGUAGCGGCUGCAGCAGCAGAUGGACGCAGUAGCAGUAGCGGCAGUAGCAGUAGCGGCAGUAGCAGCAGCAGUGCCGCAGCCAUGGUGUCGAGGGCCCGCGCGUUUGUGGAGCGUGUCCAGCGGAAGAACGACGGUUGGCCUAGGUGGCCACUGCGAGAGCUCUUCAACUUCGUGGCCGCGGCCGUUGAGCAGCCGUCGCCCGCGCCGAGUGCCGGCGGAGUGAGAACUGAAAGGCCUGCAGCCGAAAGGCCGCAGCCGAAAGGCUGGAGGGAGCUGCAGGCGGUGUUUAUGACGAGCUGUGCAGAUGUCACCACGGUGGAGAUCCUGAUGCCCCCAGCUGAGGUGCAGGCACGCCUGCGCCGCCCGCCGGUCCCGGUCGCGACAGUCGUAGCAGGCAACGCCACGACCGGCAGUAGCAUCACCGGAGCUGCAGUUGCAGCGGCUGUUACAGCUGAGACGGGCAGCGAACGGGGCGUGGUCCUGUGCGGCAAUCCCGCUUGCGCCAACACGGAUGGGCCCAGCGCACUGUUCCCAGCCGGCGGCGGCAAGACGUGCGCUCGGUGCAAGGCGGUGUGGUACUGCUGCGGCGCGUGCCAGCUGGCGCACUGGCAGCAGCAGGGCGGGCACAGGGAGGCAUGCAGCAAGGCGCAGGGGCAGGCGCAGGCGCAGGGGCAGGGGCGGUAGACCCCAGUUGUAGGGGGGCAAGGUGCGCACGGGCUCACGUCUGUGUGGAUGAGAGUCGCGGGCAAGCGGGCGGGCGUUUGAGGCUGCAGGCAGGAACGAUCAUCAGCAGCCGUUGGCCCAUGCUGUGUUGGUGCAGGCGGGGCACAUGCUCUGUUUAUACUUUGCAUGGGGCCGCACUGAAGGUCACGACAUGUACCUUUCACAAGCAUGUGUGCGGCGUUGGCUCUGUGUGUGUGUGUGUGUGUGUGUGUGUGUGUGUGUGUGUGUGUGUGUAUGUAUGUGUGUGUGCGUAUCGGGCUGCUGAGUCGGAGUGUGGUACGCUUUGAGUGUGGUUGCAUGCAAUGACUUCCGAUUGUGUGUGCUGUUUUCCUGGCGCAGGAUCAUGUUGUGGUGUAGUGGCGUCGCUUGGCCAACGGGUAUGUUGGGAAUUGAUUCAAGUCAACAAGGAUAGACAGUGGUCCUGACAUGGGCCCAGGAGACUUGACAUAAGUCUAGCAGUGUCUGGCCAUGCGCGCACCGGUAGACGUAUGCGGUGUAGCGCCGUGUGCUCGAGGGAAUUGCGGGAGGUUUGUGCGACUCUGGCGGCACACUGGCAGGAGGAGUUGUGGGCAUUUCGCAUGCCAGGCAGAUCAGACGUGGUGCAUCCGUGUAUUUCUCAUUGGUACGUUGAAAGCUCGGUGUCCUUGUGCGUAGUGGCAUUGCAAGGGAUACGGGGCGUGUACAUCUGGUGUAACGUCGUGGCACUACGACGGGUCAUCUCAGGUUAGGCGCGGGGGCCGAGGGCCAAGAUGUUUGACCACCGAAUGGGCCGGUCAGAUGUGUUGCCGGUGUCUGGUUGGAAGUCUGCUAUGGUUCUGGAAACAAGGGAAUGCCGUACAGGUAAACAGCAACAGGCAUGUGCGUGGUGGCUGGCUGACGCAAGGUCUGGCUGCACAUGCAAGUUGUGGCUCCCGGAUGCGGUAGGCUCGCACGUCAGCGGGGUGGCGAACUAGCAGGCAGCAGCGGCAUGCUUGUGAGGGGUGCGAGGGGUCCUGCAGCAACGCAAGGCAGCAAAGCAAGGCAUCAAACUUGUUUACGUACCAUUUUUAACCUCAUGAAGAACC